AUGGACGACAAAGGUGCUACACUCGACAUGUCUCUGUUCUUUGGAACAGAGGAGCAGAAGCGGCAAUUUUGCAACGAGCUACUUCGGUUGCUCAAGUCGCGGGGCGGCGUCAAGAUUCAAAAUCACAAUAUACCCGCAGAGGAUAUCCAUAAACUAUUCGAUAUGAGUCGAAAAUUCUUUGCUUUGCCUCUGGAGGAAAAGAUGAAAGCCAAGCACCCGCCUCAAGCCAAUCCGAACAGAGGGUAUAGCUUUGUUGGUCAAGAGAAUGUUGCAAAUAUCAGUGGCUACGAGAAGGGACUAGGCCCAGGCAAGACCCGCGAUAUAAAGGAGACUCUGGACAUGGGCAGUUCGCACGACGAUCUUGUGGAUAAUCUUUGGGUACCUGAAGAGAGUCUUCCUGGAUUCCGGAAGUUCAUGGAAUACUUCUACGAAAAAGCUUACAAAACCGAACUGCAUCUUCUCUCCGCUCUUGCGAUUGCUCUCGGUGUUUCGGAAGACUACCUGAGGGCACUUCAUAAUCGUGCGGAGAACGAGUUUCGUCUUCUUCAUUAUCCGGCGAUUCCGGCCACGGAACUUGCGGACGGUACCGCGACGCGCAUUGCCGAGCACACCGAUUUUGGAACGAUCACCAUGCUUUUUCAAGACUCCGUGGGAGGUCUUCAAGUGGAGGACCAGAACGAGCCUGGAGUGUUCCGAAGCGUGGAAUCCUUGGCACCCACCGACAUCAUCCUUAACAUUGGCGACUCUCUUCAACGUCUGACGAAUGACACGUUCCGUGCUGCUUGCCAUCGUGUCACGUAUCCACCGGCAAUCAAAGCUGGCGACAAUAUUGAGAUUCCCGAACGAUACUCCAUUGCGUAUUUCGUCAAGCCGAAUCGCCUUGCAUCCCUGCUUCCCAUGAAGGAGUUUGUCACCGAAGCUACCCCAUGCCACUAUGACGAUGUUACUUCAUGGGAGUGGAACAACCGGAGAAUUGCGAAGCUAUUUGGCUAG